AUGCCCACCAUUGCUGUGGUUCUGCUGUUGGCCUCAGGAGCUCUCAGUCUGGAUCCCACAGACCCUGAACCAGGCUGUCAUCGUUACCCUUUCAAUGUCACCAUAAAGAGUGACCGACAGGGGACCUGCCUGGGAUCCCAGUUGAUCCAUGCCUGUGUGGGUUACUGUGAAUCCAGUGCGUUUCCCUCCAAGUCCUCCGUAUUGCUGGCCAGUGAGUUCAAACACAACAUCACCUCGGUAUCACAGUGCUGCACCAUCAGUAAGAUGCUAAAGGUCAGGGUCAGCCUGUUCUGUGGCUCUCGCCGGGAGGACAUUGAGAUUUUCUCGGCUGGGUCCUGUCGCUGCGAUAUGUGUCGCCUGUCCCGCUACUGAUAGCCCCAGGGGCUGUACCUCUCCCCCCUCCUCCUCACCCCCGAGUGACACAGCCACCGCCCGCAGCUCAGGAACCUCGCUGGAAGAAUCCGUUUGGUAGAACGC